AUGACAGAAGAAACUAAAACAAAUGUGAAUACACAGCACACUCGAAGAAUCCAACAAAUCCAAGUUGAAAUUUCAGCCGCUGAAUGUGACUUAACUACCUUACGCUCACUAGUAUGACAUGGCGUUGACUGUGAACUCCGAUCUUACGUUUGACAAUUACUUAUUGGUUAUCUCCCAGUAACAUUAGAUAGACGUGCACAAGCAUUAGAAAGAAAAAGAAACGAAUACUUGCAAUAUAGAGCCGAAAUUUAUGAGGAAAGAUCCCAACAUCAAACAGAAAAGCAUUUAAAAGAUCUCAAACAAAUUGAAGAUGACAUUCCUAGGACGCAGCCAGAUGUCCCAAUGUUCAGAGAUGAGCCAAUAAGGGAAGUUUUGAGAAGAAUCCUGUAUAUUUGAUCAGUUAGGCACCCGGCAAGCGGGUAUGUGCAAGGGAUCAAUGAUUUGUGCUCGAUUUUUUUAAUUGUGUUUAUGAUGCCUUACUGCUCAUUUAGAAUACUUGCAGAACCUGGGUCACUUCCAGAGAAUAUGGAUGAGUUAGAAGCUGAUGCAUAUUGGUGCUUGAAUAUAAUGGUGGAAUCAAUACAAGAUUAUAUUUUCUGCAUAUGAAUUCAUAUUAAUUUUAUAUAUAUUAUUCCCUUGAUUCUUACUAGAAUCAGUUAAAUAAUAUCAAAAUUAGCUUAUAAAUGUAUAUUUCUUUCCUUCAUCACCAGGAAUCCAAAGAGCUUUAAUAAAGAUUUCUGAAAUUAUCUUUAGGGUGAAGCAAGAAUUAAUUUAUCAUUUUAAAGGAGAACAGCUCGAAAUGAUUCAUUUUUCUUUUAGGUGGUUUAAUUGUAUGUUUAUUAGAGAAUUUAGUCUGCCUAUGCUGUUUAGAGUAUGGGAUGCUUUAUUUACUAUGCAAGAUGGGUUUAGAAUUUUAAGUGUAUACAUUGCAGCUGCAAUUGUGCUGCGCUGGGAAAAAGAGUUGAUUGGUAAAAAUUUUAGUGAGCUGAUGAUUUUUUUGCAGAAUUUGCCGACCAGUAGGUGGACUGAAAGAGAAAUUGAAGAGCUACUGUCACAGUCUUAUGUAUAUUUUACAUGGUUUGAGAGCUCACCUAAUCACCUCAAAGCAUAUAGCGAGUUUCUUUAGGUAUUAUUUAGAUCAUUUUAGUUAAAAUGGUAUGAAAAAAUAGAAUAUUUAUUGAAAAAAGGAUAA